UGAAAUUCCACAGACCCAACUCACUGUUUCUCUUUCAAAACUUCAUCAUGAAGUUGUUAUCUUCUUCUUCUUCUUCUCCUUCUUUUUCGUCGUCUUCCUCCUCUGCCUCUUUUGAUGUAAACAUGUGUAAUUCAAAGAGUGCCACUGCCGGGUGUCUCGCCGGCAUAUUGCGCAGAAUUCUCUGCUCUGGUAACCUUCCUACACACCCUUCAGAUCAAAUCAGAGAAGCUGAUUCUGUGGUGUGUGACAAGGAUCAAGAAUUGAAGGCCGCCAAGGAGUGUAUAGAGAGAUUCGAGGCCUCUGCCUCGCCAGGGAUAGUAGCAAGGCUGAUGGGUUUGGAUUCGAUGCCGGAGAUCAACAAUCUGUUGCAUGCAAGUUCGAAACCGAAUUCAAUUUCACGUAGCCGAUCCUUGAACUCUACGGAUCAAUUGGCGGGGUUUGAUUCAAUGCAGGGGCAGCAUCGGCGGGUGAAAUCCACGUUGUCGUUCCGAGAGAUGCCGACAUUCCUCGAGCUAGAAAACGAAAACUUUCUUAUACUCAGCUUCGAGACUGGAGGUGAGAAUAAAGAGUUAAGAUCAAAAGGGAAGAAAUCUGAAAUGGGUUUUGGAGAAUUGAAGCAAAGAAGAGCAGAAAGAUGUAAAAAUGGGGAGAACAGAGCAGAGAGGGUGUCAGAAAAGAAGAAGACGAAGAACAACAACAACAACAAAGGAUGUCAAGAAGCCAAAAAGAAGCAGAGUAAGAGAAUCUCUGAUAAUGGCAAGUCUAAAGGUUCAAGUAUUACUCGGUCUCCUUCAAAGAACUCCAACGAAAAACCAUACGGUUCCCCGGAAGCAGUAAAAACUUCCAAAUCCGUUAACCAGAAGGAAGUCUUCCAUGGAAGGAAACUAAGUGAGAGGAAAAAAACCAGUCUUUGUGUCGUUCAAAACACAGAAUCUGAGUGCAGCUCCGAAGAUUCGAGCCCUGUUUCUGUUCUUGAUUUUGCCCAUUUCCUCACUGAUCCUGAAAUCCCAAUAUCAGAGUCGAGUUUGGCCGAUUCAAAGUCACGAAGGAAGUUAUCGCCGGAGCUUGAAAAUCACAAGCAGCAAUCUCCACGAAAGGACAGUAAUCUAAUCGGCGAUGAGCUAACAACAAAGAAAGUUGAAGGCAAAUAUCAUGGAGCAAAGAAGAAAGAGUGUCAGAGUCAAAACUACGUGGAUAUGUGGGAUGAAAUUUCCAGGCUGACUGGAGCAGAGUUGGUUGGAUCAAAUUGGGUAUACAGGGGAAUGUGGAAGCAUGAAGAUAUUGGUGCAAGUUGUGAGCUUGAAAUUCUUGAUCAAUUGUUAGAUGAAUUGGUAGGUCAACUAUCUGGACUUCCAUGAAAAAUUUGAACAUGCAAGAGUUAUAUAAACCUUUGUAAAUUUCGCAUUGUCAAUAAACUCAACAAAGAAAUUUUGUUUCA